CGACGCACUUGGGUGAGACUUGUUUACAAAUACCAGCUGUUAAAAACUCGUCACGCAUAGUUAUUGUAUGUUUUGUCCUACAAUGGCAGGGGAAACAUAAAUAUUACGUUCGAGAGGUAUUCUCUUGGCAGAGACCGAGUUCGGCUGGUGCGGAGUCAGGUCGACAAGUCCCAUGGCGGAGGGCGGCACCAAACUGACGCUGAGGCGCCUGGAGGCUCCCGUUCACAAGUUCAUUAAAGUGGCUUUACCCACCGACCUGGAGCGGCUCCAGAAACACCACAGCAACAUACUCAAGUACCAGCAAGGGCAACAAUGGGGCCGCCUUCAUCAGGAGCACAUAAAUGCCAGCCGAACAGUUCAGCAACUGCGAGCCAACAUCCGGGAGAUGGAGAAGCUGUGCAGCCGUGUCCGCGCCGAAGACGCCCCAGCUCUGGAGAGGCUCGUCAAACCGGUCAAGGACAGGGCGUCGGCCGCCGCCCGAGACUUCCUCCAGUUGCACGCCAACCCGGCCCUUCAGCCCACGCUGCCGCCGUCGCCGCCACCCGACUCCCCUCGGUCGACCGGCUGCGGGCGCGCCGGCGACGACUUCGAGGAGGACUUCGUUUCUGGCUGGCAAAUUCACUCCCAGCUGCCGGAGAUCCCUGUGGAUGAGAGUGCUGCUGAGUCUUGGGAAAACCUGGAAGAGGAUCUGAAGCAACUGAACGGUUUGGCGACAAGCUUUUCUGUGCUCGUCCACUCCCAGCAGGAGAAAAUCGACAGCAUCGAAGACAACGUCAACACGGCGGCUGCCAAUGUGGUGGAGGGCUCCAAGAGCCUGGGGAAGGCGGCGGGCUACAAAAUGGCGAUCCUUCCUUUGGCCGGGGCGCUCCUGGGCGGCGCCCUGGCGGGACCGCUGGGCCUGCUGAUCGGACUCAAGACGGCGGGCGCGGCCGCCGUGGGGGGCGGCGCCCUAGGCUUCGCCGGGGGUAGCCUGGUCAAGCAUCACCGCAAAAACCUGCUGGCGCUGCAGAUGAAGCAGCUGACGGCGCCACCCGCCCACGGCAAGGACGAGUGAACGCCGGCGUUUACGGUCGGCUGCUGGACGCCUAAUGCGCGGUCCACAAUAAGACUGUGAGCUGCAAAACUGUUACAUAUAUGAAUCUAUUCAUAUUUGCGAUGUAUGUAAUUAUACUUUUUAAUGUGACUGCGUCAAACUGACAUAGUUGUGUCCUCAGCCUCAUGUGGGGGCGACAUGGUUACUCAGCGGAGAGCGUUUGUGUCCACCAAUCAGAACUGUUGCCUAGUUUGUCAACGUUUACGCAACCUAUUAAUAUCUAACAUAACUACUGUGCAACAAAAAUGCCUUUGCUAAUAAAACUAAGGCUUCCACACACACAAAAAAAAUGUGUGUAUAUAUAUAUAUAUAUACACACACAUAUAUAUAUAUAUUGACCUCACAGUUCUGAGGUCCCGGGUUCAAUCCCGGACCCGCCUAUGUGGAGUUUGCAUGUUCUCCCCUUGCCUGUGUGUGAACACUAAAUUGCCCCUAGGUGUGAUUGUGAGUGCAGGUGUUUGUCUCUAUGUGCCCUGCGAUUGGCCAGAAACCAGUUCAGGGUGUACCCCGCCUCCUGCCCGUUGACAGCUGGGAUAGGCUCCAGCUCUCCCCGCGAGCCUCGUGAAGAGAAGCAUCAAAGAAAAUGGAUGCUAUAAAUGUUUAUAAUAAUAAUAAUAGUACGAGUCCAAUGUGUAUUUAAAAAAAAAUAAUAAUAAUUGGUAUAGGCUUCAGCCCCCGUACACGGAAGCGUUGCGGCCACACGUUAACCUAUGUAAACUGUGACCGACGGUUUAUUUAUAAUUUUACUUAAUUCAUUUUAAUAUUAUUAUUCUGGCGAAAGGCAGACUACACCCUGAACUGGUCGCGAGUCAAUUGCAGGGCGGAUAUCGACGCCAUCACUGAGCGAGAAUCGAUUCAACGCUGCCCACACCAAAGUCGCCUUUACUGCUUUUGUAUCGGUCCACUGAGUCAUGUCUUCAUGCAGGGAUCGUCGUCCCAUUAUGACAAAUCGCUGCAAAAUAGUCAUCAUAAACCAGAUCUAACCUCGUAGCAGUCACGUUGACUUCACAUGAUGUUAUUUCAAUAGCCGACGCACAACACCAGCAAAUGUCAACGUCCGGGUCACUUCAGCGACUCACAGGCUCCGCAUUCUUCCUCCAAUUCAGUAUUGCCGCUUCCCGUCAGCUAUAUCGAAUGUUUCAAUCUGAAGAAAAAGCACGCAAAACACAAAAUAUUGUAAAAUGACUUUUAAUCAUCUCUUUCUCAAAGCCUUCCCCUUUUGAGAUGACUUGUUUGAAAAUGCCCCCCCCCUCCCUUCUUUUUUGUGGGUUGAUAUGUCACAAUGUCUCUUGGCCUCAGUUGAACAGUACAAACAAGAGCAACAAGUACCCUAAAUCUGAACAACUUUUAAAUACAAAUACUAAAAAUCAUCAUUAUUUUUUUGUUCGUUUUUUGUUUUUAAGAGGGCUACUCUUCCUGACAUGAAUCACA